AACAUAAAAGAGCAUGAGUAGGAAAAGAUAAAGGCAACAACAACAUUCAUUCUGUUAUCAUUAUAAAACUAUAUAUAUAUUUUCUGGCUCGAUUCUAUAUAAUAAUUUGAUCAAAUCCUUUCACCUUGUAUCAUUAAAAUUUUGUUAUCAUAAACCAAUCAGAUUGGAAAAAAUUUCUGAUAUUCUGGUGGGUUUUUCAUCGUUAGUAAUCAUUCAGAAAAAUUGUUAUUAACAAAAUGGAAUUACAACUCAAAGUAGCCACUUGUCCAAACGAUGUUUUAUCAUACACUAAUCGAGCUGUGGUCAAUCCAAAUGAUAUACAAUCAUUCAGCAAUACUAAAUAUGCCGAGGUUAUCAAUUCGCAACAUCAACAUUUUAUUUUUACUCUCGAACCAAGCGAUUUGAUUCAACGAAAUUAUAUAGGAUUCAAUGUGUUGAUGAGAAAAUGGGCACUGUUAAGUACAAACGAAUUGCUUAUUGUCCGACCAUAUAUUCCAGAUUUGAAAAAACAUUCUGUGGCCAAAAUGACAGUUACUGUAGAAUACGUGCAAAAAACGAAUGCCGUCGAUACAUUCAACACAGAUGAAAUGGCUGCCGAAUUCUUACGACAAUUCACACGACAAUCGUUUACCAAAGAUCAAAUGUGUGUUUUCAAAUUUCAAGACAAAAGACUUUUGAAAUUAGUUGUGAAGGAAAUGGAAGCGAUAGCUGUUGAUUUGGAAAAAAAUAUCGGACCAAAAAUUGAUUUCGGCAUACUGUUACCGAAUUCACAGAUAGUAUUCGAGAAAUCGACUGAAUCCGGCAUCAAAUUGACUGGACAGGCCAAAGGUAAAAUCGUCCGUCAAUCGAUCAUUAAUCCGAAUUGGGAUUUUGAAUCUAUGGGCAUCGGUGGCCUAGACAGAGAAUUCAAUGCUAUAUUCCGUCGGGCUUUUGCAUCUCGUGUAUUUCCUCCUGAGAUAAUCGAAGAACUUGGUAUCAAACAUGUUCGUGGUAUUCUUCUAUUUGGUCCACCUGGUACUGGCAAGACUUUGAUGGCUAGACAGAUUGGAAAAAUGUUGAACGCUCGUGAACCAAAAAUCGUUAAUGGACCUCAAAUAUUAGACAAGUAUGUUGGCGAAUCUGAAGCAAACAUUCGUAAAUUGUUCGAAGAUGCUGAAGAAGAACAAGCACGAAUGGGUAUCAAUAGCGGUUUACACAUUAUUAUUUUCGAUGAAAUCGAUGCCAUCUGCAAGGCUCGAGGAUCGGUGGCCGGAACAUCGGCCGUUCAUGAUACAGUUGUCAAUCAGUUGUUGGCCAAAAUUGAUGGCGUUGAUUCGCUGAACAACAUCUUAGUCAUCGGUAUGACUAACCGUAAAGACAUGAUUGAUGAGGCAUUGCUUCGACCUGGUCGACUUGAAGUGCAAAUGGAAAUCAGUCUUCCUAAUGAAGAAGGUCGUGUUCAAAUAUUGAACAUUCAUACCAGUAAAAUGCGUCAGUACAAAAAAGUUGCGCCCGAUGUUGACAUUCGAGAAUUGGCAACAUUGACUAAAAAUUUUUCCGGUGCCGAAAUUGAAGGCUUAGUUAGGGCGGCUCAAUCAACUGCUAUGAACCGACUGGUCAAAGCGACAAGCAAAGUAGAAUUGGAUGCUCAGGCUUAUGAGAAAUUACUUGUAACUCGUAAUGACUUCAUGUUGGCGCUUGAAAAUGACAUCAAACCAGCAUUCGGCACAAGUACUGAAACGAUUGAACGUCUUAUUAUGGAUGGUAUCAUUAUAUGGAAUCAAGUGAUUAGUGAAUUGCUCGAUGAUGGUCAUUUGUUUACGGAACAAGUUCGAUCUCCCGAAAGUUCGCAUGGCAUCGUCAGCAUUUUGAUUGAAGGAAAUCCGAACAGUGGAAAAACUGCUUUAGCCGGCCGUAUUGCGCUUAAUUCUAAUUUUCCAUUCAUCAAACUGUGUUCGCCGGACGAUAUGGUUGGGUUCACUGAACCAGCUAAAUGUCAAGCUAUUCGUAAAGUCUUCGAUGAUGCAUACAAAUCUACAUUAAGUUGCAUAUUGGUUGAUAACAUUGAACGUCUUCUCGAUUAUGGACCCAUUGGACCUAGGUAUUCGAAUCUGGUGCUACAGGCAUUGAUGGUGUUGCUAAAGAAAGAACCACCACCCGGUAAAAAAUUGUUGGUUCUAUGUACGACUAGUUGCCGUCAAUUACUACAUGAUAUGGAAUUGUUACCUACAUUCACAACCGUACUUCAUUGUCCAAAUUUGACCACAGCCGAUGAUAUGCUGGCUGUUUUGCAAGCUUUUGCCAUCGAUUCUGGCAAUAUCAAGUCGUGUUUCUCCGUUGCAGAAAUUCGACAAAUUUAUGAAAUGACAAAAGGACGACGUUUAACUAUUGGCAUCAAAAAACUGAUUGCUUACAUCGAUAUGGCAAAACAGAUGGAUCCAUCAGCUCGAGCCAGGAAAUUAAUAUGCAAACUGGAAGACGAAGGAGCUAUUCAAUUGAGCUGAAUUUGAUUAUGAACAUGUAUAGCUAUAG